GGAUAAUCGCACAGAGACGGCCCUCCUCCAGAAAAAAAAUCAAGAGAAGGGAGAAGCCAGGGAGCCUGAAAUAUAAGUUUUGCGCCGAUAAGCCCGUGGCCCGAGAGAGACGGUCGCCAUUUAAGUCACGAGAGAGAAGGAGUUCGCAAGUUCCCGAGAGAAAAGGGAAGAUUUUGAGCUGAAAAGGGCGUCAUAAUGGCUGGACUUAGCUUUGAGAGGUUUUCUCGGGGUCUUACGGAGAACCUAGAGACUCCAGUAAGGACACACUUGAAAAAUGUGUAUGCUACUUUCACGCUGGCUACCAUAGCAGCAACUGCUGGUGGCUAUGCCCACAUGUUCAGCACACUCAUUGGUGCUGGUCUCCUCACCGGUCUGGGUGCCAUUGGGGCACUCAUAUGGCUCACGAUCACACCAUACGAUGGCAAGAACCAGCUGCAGCGACUUUCUCUCCUUGGCGCCUUUGCCUUCCUGACUGGCUGUAACCUUGGCCCCUUGCUGAAUCUGGCUGUGAUGGUCAACCCCACUCUGGUAUUGCAAGCUCUGCUCGGCACAAGUGUGGUAUUUGCCUGCUUCUCCCUGUCAGCUCUCUAUGCUCCUCGUGGCCAUUACCUCUACCUUGGAGGUACACUGAUGUCAGCCUUGUCCACUCUCUUCUGGCUCUCCAUGCUGAACUUCUUCUUUGGCUCUCGACUCCUCUUCCAGGCAAAUUUGUACAUUGGGCUUGCAGUCAUGUGUGGCUUCAUAGUUUAUGACACUCAGCUCAUUGUUGAGAAAGCACGACGAGGAGACAAGGACUAUGUGAUGCACAGUGUUGAGCUGUUCAUUGACUUCGUUGCAGUGUUCAAGCGCCUUCUCAUUAUCCUCACAGACAAGGAGGCACAGAGCAAGAGGAAGAACCGUGAUUAAGUAAGAUGCCACAGAUGUAGUUUAGAACAUACGGUAUCCAAGGUUCCAAAUUUUUGAUUGGGUGGGAGGGGGGAGAGGGAAUGGAUAUGAAAAGAAAGUUGUAUAAGAAUUGGCAAACCCUAAAAAAUAGUGUUCAUAUGCAUAGGUAUUAGGUCUUUCUAAAGGUUUCAUAAAUAUCACUAAUUUAAUUUGAAAAGGAAUUGUGAUUGAUAUACUGCAAGAGGCAUGUGUUAAAUAACAUUUAGUACAUCAUGAGAGCUUGUAAUUUACAUUAAAAAAAAAAUAGUGGUUUUCUUAUUUUGCAAGUCAGCCACUUUCUUUUAUAAAGAGUAUGUUAAAAUCACCUUACAACCAAAUGAUGGUAACAUACAGGAAAGUUAAAAUGCCACAUUGUGCACCCUGCUCACACAUGUCCAGGAGCCAGUACAAUAUGCACAUGUCACUUUGCAACCUAUUUUCCAUAUUCUGUUGUUUGUGUUUAGCUAUCAUGUUUUUCACCAUUAUCCAACAACAGCCUGAUUAUCAUAAACUGUUCAGCAUCAUGCCCUUCCUCAGGGACAUCAUUUUAUAUAACAAAUGUUUCUUCUUUAAUAGCUGCUGUUGGAAGUUGGCUCAUAAAAUUCAGGCCUGUUAAUAUGGUUUUCAUUGGUCAGAGCUUCUAACGUUAGUUUAAGGAGAAACUGCCAAGGAAUAUGAGACACCUUUGCACUUGUCCAUCAUUUCAGAGAGUGUAUAAUUAGUUUUUAGAGGAUAAACAGAUCCCAACACAUCACAUAUUUAGAUAUUAAUGUACAGUUUGUUUGAUGAUGUAUAUGGAAGAUGUUGCUGCUUUAACCAAAGUUCUUAGUGUAUUUGACAGUUUUUUCCUUCAAUUAGAAUUUCAUUCCAGGAUUUUUUUUAAAUGAAGUAAUGCAAUAGUUGAUUCACUUUUUUCAGUUGUCUAAGUACAAAAAUAUUGUUUUCUUUCAUGCCCCAUGGUAGAAUCAUGGAUAUUUUCAUUUUCACUACAAUACAAUAUAAAUUUAUUUCUAAUGUUCUACUUGGUUUUCAUCAUCAGUAUUUGUGGGCAGUAUUGUUGCAUGGAGCCUUUACUGAAAGAAAUUGACUUCCUGUGAUUUUGUUUGUUUUGCAUAGUUGCAAACUGAUGGGAAAUUAUUUUGAGAUGGAAUGGAUACAUUUUAUGUUGAAUAAAAUAUUUAUGUACAUUGUUAUAAGUCCAGUUUAUCUGAUGUCCUUGAAAUGGCAUAUUAUGUUCAGAAUACUGAUGCUAAUGGGUGAAGAUAUCUACAGUUUUCAUUUUGGUAUUUUAUACUUGAAUUUGAUGGCUUCAUAUCUAAUAUCUAAUCUUAGAUAUAUUUUGAUACAAUAAAGGCAAACUGGAGAAAGUGGUUUCAGAUGUCUACUCCACAUGGUCUCAAGUGUCUGAACUGUGCUGAUUAAUGCUGUUUGUAUCAAUAAAUAUGUUAACUUCUUUAUUUGCAGAAAGAUUAGAACUAAUAAUUACCAUUUUAAAUUUUAAAAAAUGGGUUUGUGAAAUUGGCAUAGCACUCCCAGUUUUGUUGCAGACAGCAUGGAAUGUUUGAAAUGAGAUUUUGAUUUUUUGUUCCUUUUGAUCAGAAUUUCAUGUGAUCCUAAUUUUCCUGUGGUAGAAAAAAGUAUAUGUUGUGGAAUAUUGCUUACUGGACACUUGUAAGGAAUAUAUUAUAAGGAUAUUUUUGGUGUCUGUUGAUGUCAUGAUUGUCAAUAAAAAAAAACUUUUGCAAA